AUGUUGCAAGAUUCAGAAGACACGAUAAACUCCAGCCUACCGUCAAUUUAUAACAAGUUGCAUUCGAGUCCGCGUUGCAUCAUCCUGCAUUACUCUCCCUUCAAAGCUGUUUGGGACUGGAUAACUCUCUUAUUUGUCGUUUACACUGCAUUUCUAACUCCAUAUAUAACAGCAUUUUGUUUGAACAAAGAUUUUUCAAAAUCUCAAUUGAACUUGGACCCAUCGUUAAGAUUGGCAUAUGCGGAAACCAGUUCGGUCGAUCCUCUUGUUAUUGUUGACGUUAUAAUCGAUAUUGUUUUUCUAUUCGAUAUUUUUAUUAAUUUUCGAACAACAUUUUUACUGAACGGAGAUGUAAUAAGUGAUCCUCAGAAAAUAGCUAUAAACUACAUAAAGAGUUGGUUCUUUAUCGAUGCAAUAGCUGCCAUCCCAUUCGAUCUUUUACUGUUUGGUUCAGGAACAAGCAGUACAACAACGAUUGCUGGAAUAUUGAAAAUAUCAAGAUUAAUUCGCUUGGUACGAGUUGCCAAAAAAAUAGAUCAGUUUUCAGAAUAUGGAGCCGCAGUGUUGUUGCUUCUCUUGGCGACAUUUGUCCUCAUAUCCCAUUGGCUGGCUUGCAUAUUUUACGUCAUUGCCUUCAUCGAACGACCAACAUUACAUGCUCCAAUCGGCUGGUUAGAUUAUUUGGCAAAUAUAACUGGUAAGCCAUUUUUGAAGAACGAGACCUUUAGUGGGCCUGAUAUACGGUCCAUCUACAUCACAUCUUUGUAUUUUACGUACACCAUACUGACCAGUGUGGGAUUUGGUAACAUUGCUCCAAUUACAAAUCUGGAAAAAAUUUUCAGCAUUUUUGCUAUGAUGCUUGGAUCUUUGAUGAGUGCAGUUAUAUUUGGAAACGUUUCAUCGAUUAUGCUGAGAAUUUAUCAAGGCAGUGGUGAACAGCAAGAAUUGCAAAUGAGUAUAAAAGAGUUCAUCAGAUUCCACGCGAUACCAAAGUCUCUGGCGAACAGGUUGCUGGAGUCACACGAACAGUCAAGAAACUUUACAAGUGGAAUUGACAUGAAUAGCGUUUUAAAAAGUUUCCCUGACUGCAUGCAAGCAGAUAUUUGUCUACACUUGAACAGAAAGUUACUAAGCAGCAACGAAGCUUUCAGUCAGGCCAGUCCAGGUUGUAUCCGUGCACUUUCAAUGAAAUUCAAAUCCACGCAUGCUCCCCCCGGCGAUACAUUGAUACAUCCAGGAGAUAUCCUCUCAUCAAUUUACUUCAUCGCCAGAGGUUCUAUCGAAAUAAGCAGGAACGGAAACGUUAUCUGUCAACUAAAUAAAGAUGAUAGUUUCGGUCAGAACAUUGGAAGCUCAUAUCUGGAAGAUGGACAAUGGAAGGCCUUGAAGAAAUCAGCAUACAGCGUUAUUAUUUCAUCGUAUUCAGACUUGCACAAGAUAUCAGUUCAGGAUUUACGAAACAUUUUGGACAUGUACCCUGAGUUUUCCCAAAGAUUUCUUGAAAAGUUCCACGUGACUUUCGAUCUGGGAGAGUUGUUAGAUGUGAGUUAG